AUGAGCGAUUUCUCCGUGCGCAUCUAUACAAAGACCAUGGCAGCAACCGCCAUGCGCCGCAACUGUUGUUGCUGGAAGCGCGUCAGGAUGUUACUCGUGUGUUCUGUCAUCCUGUUUGUCCUGGUCAACGUGAUACUGACUUUGCUCACCACUAACCGCCAAACUGCCGAUUCUGCCACUUCUGCAGCAGCUAUCGGUUACAACAGCAGUAGUAAAUGGGUUCAAGGCGAUACAGCAAAGUACAUAUCUAUAGAGGUGCUGUCUAGUAAAAACCGCGUGAGGAUAUGUGUGGACGAUGCAACGGUGAUUGAUGAUAGUGAUCCAUUAAACAAUAGAGGCAUGCAUGUUGUAGUCCUGAAUCAACACACUGGUAUGGUGAUGGCUCAACGGGUAUUUGAUACAUAUAUGGAUGAUGAACCACUCAUUAGUUUUUUGCAUCGUGUGUCCUCUGGCCGUAUAAUGAUAUUUGCUGUUAAAGAUGAGGCAUCAUUCCACCUCACCAACGAAGGUAGGCGUGCUAUGCAAAUGCAUACUGGUGCAAGCGGUGCUAGUGCUAGUAGAAGUGGAUCUGGAUCUGCUGCAGGUGGAUCAUUGUGGCUUUCUGAGCUUGGUUGGCGUGAUAUGUGGGCAAUGGUAGCUAAACAUCAUAACAAUGAUCCAGAAGGAGAAAGAAAUGUUGAUGGUAUUGGUGGUCGUGUAUACGGAGAGAGCUAUAACAGUAACCCGAGCUUGGUCUUACAGCAUAAUAGUAAGAGUGCGCCAGCUAUAUCUUCUUGGGGCACUGAUGUUUUACUGCGCGUACAAGUUCCACUUGAUGUAAAUCGUAGUCAUAACAAUCAAAAUGACGAGUGGUGUGAUUCAUGGAUAACGGCUGGUGCUUUUGAAGAUAACAACGAUGAUGGUGGUGAUUUUGUGGACAGUGGUUCCAUUAUUGAUGAUGAUAUUAUAGUUGAAUCACCACUGGCACGACGGCAACGAUUCUGUAGCCGUAUCGAGGGGUAUGGUGAUGUAUGUAGCUGUGUACAUCCUGCUCCUCUAGACUUCCAUCCAAUGCCUAUACCAGAUUCAAAUAUUGACCGAGUGCCUGUGGUAAUAGUAGCUGGUAAUCGAGCCGACUAUCUUUACAGGACAAUAAAAUCUGUGCUGAAUGCUCGAGGCGUUCAACGACAUAUGGUUACUGUUCAUGUGGACGGAUAUUACGACGAACCAGUUGAAGUAGCUCGGCUGUUGGGUGUGAGGGCUGUACAACAUAUGCCUGCUGUAGACGAUUCGGUCAAUGGAGUUGGUGGAGGGCAAAUUGCAAGCAAUACUAAUUCACGUCGCCGUCGAGUUACACAGCAUUACAAAUCAGCGUUAACAAACACAUUUGGUUCACUGUUCCCGCAGGCUGAUUAUGCUAUUGUGUUGGAAGACGACCUUGAUGUUUCUGUUGACUUUUUUAGUUUCUUCAGUCAGACUCUUCCACUGUUGGCAGUACCUGAUGACUCUACAGAUGGGGGUAGUGGUUCUGGAUCGCUGUACUGUGUUUCUGCCUGGAAUGACCAGGGAUAUGAGCACACUGCUAGUCGACCAGAUGUUUUAUACCGUGUCGAUUGGAUGCCAGGAUUAGGAUGGAUGCUUAAAAGGUCCUUGUACAAGGACCAACUAGAAUCAGAAUGGCCAACAGUAGAGAAACCCUGGGAUUGGGAUAUGUGGAUGCGAUCAACCAAAGUGCAACGUGGUAGACAAUGUAUAGUACCAGAAGUCAGCAGAACAUUUCAUUUUGGAUCAUCUCGUUCUGUUAAUGUGAAUCCAUACUUUCAACGUACAUACUUUGGUCGUCAUGCAUUCUAUAACCCUUAUGCUGCUACAAAUGGGGCAAAUGCUGGAUCUCAUAGUGGUGGAACUGGAGGAGAAUAUGACGAUAGAGGAGGUCUGAUUCGUUUCAAAAACAUUGACAAGAUGACCCGAAUAACAUACCUUGUGUGGAUGGAACGUAGGAUCAUGACAGAAGGCCAACUGUUAGAUCAUAGUAGGUGGCCAUGCCGAAAAAAACAGUGGAAUAACGAAGGAAGCAAACAUAAUGAUAACAGAGGAGUGCAUGAUGCAGGAAACAGAAACUAUUAUCAAUCAGACGAAGAAUUUUUUGUUAUUGAUGAAAUGAAGAAUAAUGACAAUACAAUUAGAUCUAAGAAAUUAUUUGUAUUAUACAUAAAAAUGGAAGAUCCAUCUGGAGGCAAUAGAAAUGCAGCAAAUGUUGCUUGGAUUCCUUUGGCAAAGUGCCUAGGCAUAUGGGACCUAGACAUUAGAGGGCAUUACAAGGGAAUGUGGCGGCUAUAUCUUAAUACUGAUAAUCAAAGUGACGGAACAAAUGCAGAUGAAGAAGGAAUUCCAACACAUAUUAAAAGCGGUUCAGAAUUAUUUAUCAUCAGUUGCCCAUUUUCACACUUUUGCAAAUUCAAGCCGAUGAAUGUGACUGCUUUAUGGUACAAUAGUAUUGGUGUUGGUGAAGAUGACGAUGGUGGAGAUGAUAUGCUGUAG